GUGUUUCAUUAGCAGAAGUUAUUAUUCCAGCAAAUGAUAUUAAUGAACAAAUCUCAACUGCUGGAUAUGAGGCAUCUGGAACUUCCUGUAUGAAGUUUGUUAUGAAUGGAGGACUUAUUGUUGGUACAUGGGAUGGUGCUAAUGUUGAAAUUGCAGAAGAAGUUGGAGAAGAAAAUAUGUUUAUGUUUGGAGCUAAGGCAUAUGAAGUUGCAGGAAUUCGUGCUAAUCCAAUUCCAAUUAGUAAAGACCUUGCUGAGGUAUUAGCCGCUAUUGAUAACGGAAUGUUUGGUGAUGCUUCAAUUCACAAAUUUGUUAUUGACCAAUUCCGUGGAGGAAGUGAUUAUUAUUUGGUCUGUAGAGACUUUGAUGGAUAUGUCAAGAUCCAAGAACAUAUUGAUUCAGUUUGGAAAAAUCCACAAGAAUGGACCACUAAAUGUAUUAGAUGUGUUGCUCGUAUGGGCAAAUUCUCAUCUGAUAGAUCUAUUGAAGAGUAUGCUUCAAAUGUAUGGAAUGUUCAAAAAUGUCCAUUACCAGUAGAUGAACAAAAAUGA